GAUUCGCAGAGUCAGUCAUCGUUCCUGGUUGAUCUGUUUCAUUUGAAUGAAGAAUCGGAUGGUGGCGAUUCAGCAAAAGCCGAGAAAUCUUGUCCUUUGUUAUUUCAUUUCCUGAUCGACAGACUUCGGUAUCUGCCGUUUGCGCGAUAUCGCCUUGCUUGCCUAGUGCUGCUCCUCGGCAUCUCGAUCAUUUCUCCAGGCUCGUUUUUUUAA